AUUUAAUAUAAAUUAGUAAAACAACCAAUAAAAUGGCUGAAGAAGAACAAUAUGAAUUGGGAGAGCCAGGAUGGAACAACGUUGGUAGAGGCUACAAGGGAUACGAUGCCUACUCCACUCUCUCAUACCAUCAGCAAGAGAAACUACAAGAAAUGACCCAACAGAUCAAGGAGCAGUUUGAUUUUCUUGAAGAGGACGAAAUCCAAGAGAAAAUUAUCGAGAAUAACUUUGAUGCACAAAAAAUAGACAAUCAUUUCAAAAUUUACGCAGUCGAUGAGAAAUAUAAGGGAUUUGCUGCCUAUGAAUGGAAACAAAUGGAGAAAAAGGAAUUUGUGAACAAGAAGAGCAAACGAGGAAGAGGGCGAGGCCGCGGGCGUGGCCGAGGUAGCCACCGAGGCCAGAGACAGUACGAUAACCAAUACAAUGCCCAAUAUGAUAAAGGCUACCAACAUCACACGUAUCAAGACCAAGACCAGGAGCCAAAGGAAGAAGACCAUGAAGCUCAGCAUUUUCAAGAAGGAUAUGGAAGGCAUUACCAAAAUGAAGAAGUAGCCGAGCACGGUAACAACUACAGAGGUGGCUACCACAACUCUGGCUAUGGCGAAGGGUAUAACCAAUACGAAGAGUACGAGGCAACCGAUUCUUACAGAGGUAGAGCCCGAGGCCGGGCCGGAAGAAGAGGUGCUAGAGGCAGAGGCUAUAGAAGGGGCUACAACAAUUAUAGACAUGACAGAAGUGACAGGGAUGAUCAAGAUUACAAUCCUUAUAGCAACCCUUACGCUCAAUAUGAAGUUCAUUACGGGACUAAGAAAGACACUGACAAUAAUGAAGAUGACUCAAAAGCCGAAAAUUUGGACGGAGAAAAUAAUCAUGAUGAUCAAAACGAGGGUCCUGAAAUUGUGAAAGGAGAAAAACCCAAGCCGAAGCCUAAAGCUAAGAAAGGUAAGAAGGCCAAGAAAAAGCCUGCCUUUGAAGAGCCUGAGCCUGUAGUGUUGUCCAAAAAGAAAAGACAAUUCUUUAUCUCUCCUUUUCAAGAUGAGAUUGAACCUGACUCAGAACCGGAAGAGGAGAAGUUAGAAUUGGUCAAUGAGUACUUACUUGAUGAUCCUUUCGCGAAUGAAGGAGUUAAGAAAAAGCAAGAGCCAGUAAAGGAAGAGCCUACUGAAGCUAAAAUGAACACUCCAGAAGAAGAUCCUUCUCAUCAUGAGGAUGAAGAAGAGGAUGCAUAUCACAAAGACCCAUAUGAACGAUACGAAGCUGAAUUUACUCAACACGAACAUAUGUAUCGAAAUGGUGAUGAAGUCAAGAUAAAACCUCGGGAGGAUAUUCACCAUGAGCAAGAAGAUACUCAAGAACCAGAACUAGAACAUGAAGAAGAACAUCAUGAUAAUAAUGAAUCAGAGGACCAGAAUGAGCAAAUAUCCAAUGAAUCUCAGGAGGAUGAUCAUGAGGAGGAAGAAGAAAAAGAAAUUGAGAACGAACAGCCCCUUCCAAUAAAAGAGGAACCUCAAGAGGAUGAAAAGAAAGAAGGAACUCAAGAGCAAGCACAAACUCAAUUUAUGAAUCAACAGACGAUGGGAGGCCAAAUGCCACAAAUGAUGGGAGGUCAAAUGCCCCAGAUGAUGGGUGGUCAAAUGCCACAAAUGAUGGGAGGGCAAAUGCCUCAAAUGAUGCCAAUGACAUGGCCAAUGAUGGGAGGGCAAGGAUCUGACCAGACUCCUCAAAUGGUUCAAAUGCCUUAUACAAUGGUUCCUCAAUCAACAACAAACGGACAACAAAUGCAAUAUCCAGGUUAUUAUAUGCCAUAUGCAAUCCCACAGCAGCCAUCUGGUACUGAGGGAGAUGAUACUGAAAAACAACAAAUGAUGUAUAUGCCAGUGAUGAUGUACCCACAACAAAUGAUGCAAUCUCCAAAUCCUGAUGGUAGCAUGCCUCAGAUGCCAAUGAUGAUGCAACCGAUGAUGCAGCCAAUGAUGCACCCAACAAUGCAGCAGCCUUCUGAGUCAAAAGAAGAGUCUCAAAAAUAA